CAGCCUGCCUGCCUGCGGGGCUCAGGAUCCAUCGCGAUCGUGGGGAAGGGCUGCCGUGCGCCCCGCGACCGACGACGCCGCCGCCUCCCCGAGCCCGGCUCCGAGCGGCCCCUCCGAGCCAGCGCCUCCCGCCGCCGCCGCCGCCGCCGCCGCGGGGCCCUCGCCCGCCCGCCGCCCGCUCUCCCGCCCCUCGGGCCCGGGCGCCGGCCAUGGACCUCCGGAGCUGAUCGGCCGCCGCGGAGCCCCGCGCCCUCCCCAGCCCCACGCCCUCGGUGCCCUCGCUCCGCAUCGCUCUUCGCCCUGGAAAAGGCGGGGGAUCAAGGGGGGGAUUCACCCGAAGAGAGAAAGAAGGGGGUGGGGAGGGGAGAGCCGCCCGUGUCUCCCCUGGGGGCGAUCGCCCCCCGAAACCACCGCACCGCACAGGCAGAACGAACGUCCGGGGGGAACGGCUACCCAUGUCUGCGCUCCCUUUUCUGCCAAACCCUAAAAUGAAAGGACAAAAGUUGGCGCUGACUCUUGCAGCAGCUCGGAUGGCGACUGGUGCGUUCUCAGAGGCAUCUCCCGGAGAGAAAACCGUGCGCGCCUGAUUGUGCUGGGGCUCCAGCGCUGCGGAGUGUGUGAGUGUGUGUGUGAGUGUGUUUGGGUGUGUGUCUGUGUGUGUCUGUGUGUACACAGACGUCCGCACACUCGCGGCCCCAGGAUCAGCGCCUGGAAGCAGACUUUUCGGCCACAGACUCGGAGAGGAGGAGCUGGAGACCAGGAGGGCGUGAGCCGCCCGGAGUUUGCAGAAUCCGUGGUGUGAAUGAACCGGGGGCACCUGGGCGCGCGGAUCACCCCCCCCCCCUUUCGCCUCAGGCCAUAGUUGAGUAGCGGGGCAUUUUUUUUAAACCCUCUUGUGAAGAAUUUUUUUUUAUUAUUUGUUGUAAAGUCUUUUGCACAAUCACGCCCACAUUUGGGGUUGGAAAGCCCUAAUUACCGCCGUCGCUGAUGGACGUUGGAGAGGGAGCGCCUCGCCGCGGAGCAGUCGCCUGCGCGCCCUCGCCGGACCCGCGGCUCCCUCGCUGCGCCCCGGCCCGGCCCUGUCUCUGCCGCGGGCCGCCGGGCUCCCGCGCCCCCUCGGACCCCGGGCGCACCCCAGCGCCGCCCAGGCUCGGGCCCCCGGACCCGGGCUCCAGGAACCGCUCCGGCCCCGACUCUCCGCGCCUGCGGGACGCGCCCAGAGGGAGCCCGCAGCUCGGCGUCGGAUCGGCCCCCCGGGCUUAAUCGGCCGCCCCGCUUGGAUUUCUCCGCUGCCCUGGCUCCGGUGGCGACUUCCUCUUCGAGCCCCCUCCCCCUCGCCAUGAAGAAGCCCACUGGAAUAUCAAGGCCGGGAGUUGCUCUGGGGUCGGCUGGAAGUGCCAUGUCUCCCACGUUCUUCCUCAUGGCUUUGGCCAUAUUUUUCUCCUUCGCCCAGGUUGUAAUAGAAGCCAAUUCUUGGUGGUCGCUAGGUAUGAAUAACCCUGUUCAGAUGUCAGAAGUAUAUAUCAUAGGAGCGCAGCCUCUCUGCAGCCAGCUGGCAGGACUCUCUCAAGGACAGAAGAAGCUCUGCCACUUGUACCAGGACCACAUGCAGUACAUUGGCGAAGGCGCGAAGACGGGCAUCAAGGAAUGCCAGUACCAGUUCAGGCACCGGCGGUGGAACUGCAGCACUGUGGACAACACCUCCGUGUUUGGCAGGGUUAUGCAGAUAGGCAGCCGCGAGACGGCCUUCACGUACGCGGUGAGCGCCGCGGGGGUGGUGAACGCCAUGAGCCGCGCCUGCCGCGAGGGCGAGCUGUCCACCUGCGGCUGCAGCCGCGCCGCGCGCCCCAAGGACCUGCCCCGGGACUGGCUGUGGGGCGGCUGCGGCGACAACAUCGACUACGGCUACCGCUUCGCCAAGGAGUUCGUGGACGCGCGCGAGCGGGAGCGCAUCCACGCCAAAGGCUCCUACGAGAGCGCGCGCAUCCUCAUGAACCUGCACAACAACGAGGCCGGCCGCAGGACAGUGUACAACCUGGCCGACGUGGCCUGCAAGUGCCACGGGGUGUCCGGCUCCUGCAGCCUCAAGACGUGCUGGCUGCAGCUGGCCGACUUCCGCAAGGUGGGCGACGCCCUGAAGGAGAAGUACGACAGCGCGGCGGCCAUGCGGCUCAACGGGCGGGGCAAGCUGGUGCAGGUGAACAGCCGCUUCAACUCGCCCACCACGCAGGACCUGGUGUACAUCGACCCCAGCCCCGACUACUGCGUGCGCAACGAGAGCACGGGCUCGCUGGGCACCCAGGGCCGCCUGUGCAACAAGACAUCCGAGGGCAUGGACGGCUGCGAGCUCAUGUGCUGCGGCCGCGGCUACGACCAGUUCAAGACCGUGCAGACCGAGCGCUGCCACUGCAAGUUCCACUGGUGCUGCUACGUCAAGUGCAAGAAGUGCACGGAGAUCGUGGACCAGUUCGUGUGCAAAUAGUGGGCGCCCGCCGCUCGCUUGCCUGCCACCCAGCCCCGUUCCCAGGACCCACUUAUUUAUAGAAAGUACAGUGAUUCUUUUUUUUUUUUUUUUUAAUAUUGUUCUAUUCCCCCCCCCCCCCCCCCCCCGAGAAUUGCAACCGGAAGCAUUUUUUUUCCCUGUUCCCAUCUAAGAACUCUGUGGUUUAUUAUUAAUAUUAUAAUUAUUAUUUGGCAGUAAUGGAGGGUGGGAACCAAGAAAAUAUUUAUUUUGUGGAUCUUUUUGAAAAGGUAAGACUUCUUUUGACGGUGUCGGAGGAGGGGGAGAUAACACAGACCCUGACUUAGCUGUGUGCACAUCCAGAGGGCAAAGGAAAUAUGUUUUUUUCUGUCAGCCUCGGGGUUGGGCAGGGCAGGGAGCGUCCAGCUGGAAGGGGUUGGCCCAAGUCUGUGCUCCACUCAGCCUCAGUGACCAAAAUGCUCUGGUGAAAGGUCUUGAGAAAUAAACACACAAGCAAGCAGAAUGAGGCCCCCUCCCCUCUCUCCAGGGGCUACCAGCCUGAAACAUUGUCAAAAUGGUGAUUUAAAACAUAAGAGCGAGAAUCUCAUUUCCCUCAAAGAAAAAAAAAAAAAAAGUCUAUCAUGGAUCUCAUGCUUCUCCGACAUUCCAUGCACAGAUGGUCCCGUUCUAACAGCUACUGAAACUUGGGAGCAGGGAGGAAAGCCUCAGAAAGGGGGAAGAAAAAAAACCUUAAAAACUCCUAUAUAAAGACUGAUUUGAAGCUGUUACAGGAAUUAGGUUAUCAGAUUGGGAAAGCAUCCCCCGAAUGACUCUGGGUUGUAGGCGUUUUGUUUGGAGAGGGGGCGGGGGAGGUUGGCUUGAAUCUAAAGGAAAAUAUACUGUAAUUUUCUUAGGGACACUUGGUUAAUAAAUGAUAAUAAUCAAAAUAAUAAAUGGAUUCCAUUCACAGACCUUCCGCCCAAACACCAAGGUAACUGAAUGCCGCUCAGCGCUGCACCAGAGCAGAGCGCCUGUUUGCAGGGGAAGAGGGAGACCCGACCCACCUCCCACUUGACCCCGAGCCCAGCCUGUGCCCUCCUCGCCCCGCUGAGGAGGUGAGGCCAUUCCGUGUCCAAAGGCAGCUCCACUGGGUCCCCAUGGGUUGCAGGAUAGGAAACAAACCAUUAGGAGCUCUGCUUGCAAAACAGUUGCUACUUAGGGAUUUUCCCCCCCAAAAAAACUUGGAUUCCAAGGAGCCGUAGUUUCAUGUUUUCAUGACAUUCCUUGGCUGAUGGAGUCCACAGGGGUGUUGCAGGGUGUCCUGUGUGUAGGCUCUGCACUGGAGCUUUUCCUAGGACACUGAAGGCGAACCCUAAAACUGUUCCUACUGGACCUGAGCAGUUGGAUGUAUAAGGGAGGGGAGAAAUGUGGUCUAAUGGUGCCUGAUAUCUCAGUCUCUUGUACAUAACACACACACACGCAUAUAUACAUACAUAUGUAUAUAUAAAUAUAAAUAUUAUUAUAUCAGUGCAGCCAGUGGUUUAGAAUUACACGUUCCUCCCGGGUUGUUUCUCGGUCUAGAACAUGGUUGUCCUUUGUUGCGACCCAUUGGGAUUCUAACAAGGGGUUUUCGAGUUUAGCGUGGGCAGUGGCCCUGGUGUGAUGCCACCGUGAGCAUCACUAAGCAGCCUCGGGUCUGAGGCAUCCGGAAGGCCUUCCUCCCUGACAUGGGUGUUGGUUUGAAGAUUUCUUUUCUCUCCCUCCCUGCCCCUUCCCUCUUCUGCAGCCUCCAUUUCUGUACACUUUCCUGAAAGGGCAUUACUCGUUCGUCAUAGUCUUGGAAAUGAAGAGAGAUUCGAAACUAGAAAGCAUAGUCAUCAUUUCUCUCUCCUUCGUUCUGCAGAGCAGAAACGGGUGCCUGGUAGAUUUGUAGUACCUAGUUGAGUCCCUAAGGAAAAUCCAGCUCAUGACAUAGACAACUCUUUCCACAAAGUGCCAUCCAGCGUGUUCUCUCAGACUUGCAGGAUUUAAGGAGUUUGGAAAGGUACACAUCUCUUACAGCCAUCAUAGGCUCGGUGGCCUUCACCUCUCCUCAGCCAUAUGUGGCUCUUAAUUUAUUGCACAAGGAUAUUCACUUCCCCUCAGUUGCAGUGACCUGCAAGCAAAAGAUCUUGAAGUUAAAAAGCACUAAUUAGUUUGAAAUGUCACUUUUUUGGUUUUUAUUAUACAAAAACCAUGACGUUUUUAUUUGCUAAACAAGAUUUUGUUCCUUCUUAGCGAUUCAUGUUUAUGAAGAGAGUUAAGUUUAACAAUCCUAGUUUUUAAAAGAAACUAUUUAAUGUAAAAUAUUCUACUUGUCAUCCAGAUAUUAUGUAUAUCUUCUAUGGCCUUUAUUCUGUACUUUUAAUGUACAUAUUUCUGUCUUGCGUGAUUUGUAUAUUUCACUGGUUUAAAAAAACAAACAAACAUCAAAAGGCUUACGCCAAAUGGAAGAUAGAAUAUAAAAUAAAAUGUUACUUGUAUAUUGGUAAGUGGCUUCAAUUGUCGUUCAGAUAAUUCAUGUGGAGAUUUUUUGAGAAACUAUGAGGGAGAGGUUAGGGUGACUACAUGCUAGCAUAACAGAAGAGCAGAAUUUUUUUUUUUUUUUUUUUUUUUUUUUUUUUUUUUUACCAAAAGCCAAACUAUUUGGAAGCUUCAAAUGAUUUCUAUAUGUAACAGAACAAGAGGGGAAUUCUCUUUUCCUAUAUAUGUCCCUCAAAAAGUCAAGCAGAUGGCGCCAAGCUGGGUAUAGGAUUGCUCGCAUUCUUUUAGCAUUAUGCAUGUAACUUAAUUGUUGUAGAGCGUGUUGCUGUUGGAGCAUCUUGGAGGACGGAAAGGCACAUCUUUUUCCCCAGGACCAGCGUUUCAGACCCCGGAAGGGUCUCUGUGUUUACCACUGCCAGGAUUGCACCUCGCUAGUUGAAGUUACUGUGGACUUUUUGAGUGUCUCUGUUCCCCUUUGAAAGCCAUUCCGUGAAAAGCAAGCCUCAGUCUGCAGAGAAUGAAAACUCAUGGGAAACUAAAGGCUCGCUGUGUGAAGUGCAAUUAAUACGGGUUCUUGUGCUUCCCAAAGGGGCACGCUGAAGGCUGGCCAGCGCUGCCCAGAUGGAUACGUUAGCCCUUCGCUUUUUUUUUUCUUCCUUUUCUUUCUGGAUAACCUUGUAACAUAUUGAAGCCUUUUAAGGAUGCCAAGAAUGCAUUAUUCCACAAAAAAAAACAGUAGACCAACAUAUAGAGUGUUUAAAAUAGCAUUUCUGGGCAAAUUCAAACACUUGUGGUUCUAGGCCUCACAUCUGUUUCAGUUUUUCCUCAGUUGUAUAUUGACCAGUGUUCUUUAUUGCAAAAACAUAUACUUGAUUUAGGAGUGUCAGCAUAUUUUUUUUUUCUCCCUUUGCAUCCUGGAAUGCAUUCAAGAUCUUCCCAAUACAGGGAAAAUUAACAA